CCAGUCUACUUGGUUUUUGGAAAAAAUUGGAUUGAAAACGAAAGUAAAAUUAUUUUUGUAUGAUAUUUUAAUCCAUACCAUGAUCAAAUAAUCUCUGAUUGUUAUAAUAUUAACUCCUAAAUUUUAUAGCUACUCCUUGACACAGCAACAUUUGUGAAAUAUUUUGGAACAAGGUGACCAGUUUACAAUGGAAGAAUAUUACGAAUCAAAUUGUGAUGUAUGACUGUUAAGAAGAUGUGGUGGAUAUUAUUUUAUGUGUCUUAAACCUUAAGGAGAGAAUUCCCAGUGCCUUUAUCCUUAACAGUUAACACUGUUUUUUAUUUAUGACUACUACAAGAAUUAUGGUUACAUUAUAAUACUAUUAUUUGUGAUAUGGAUUAAAUUCACUGAGGAAAUAAACAAUUCAUAGGUAUGGCUUCAGUGUCUUUGUCAAAAAAACUGUCUAACUCGAGAUACAAUAACUGGGUAAAGGCUAGUUUAGCAGUCUUGAUAACAAAAGAAGGUAUUGAACCUUUUGCUGCAGAUGAAAUUGAACAGUUCCAGCAGAAAUGUUUAACAGAUAUAUGUAACAACCAGGGUCUUCCAUCUGGAACAAUUUGUACAAAUUGUUGCACAGAAAAUGUAGUCAAGUGUCCUACAAACAAAAUUUGUAACAUUAAGCAAAGACAAUGCAGUUAUCAUAAAGAUUCUGCAACUACUUUUCUUCUUGCUGGUUGUCCCAACAAGAUCUGUCACAAUUUCAAAACUGAAAUUCAGAAUGCCCAUAGAUACAAUGGCCCAUCCUACAAAAACACUGAUGCUACUCAGUGGUGCAGUAAAUCCUGGGAGGUCGCUAAGUGCUUCAUGCCCCCAGAUGGGUAUAAAGAUGUUGUGUCUGCAUCAGAAACAGAUUUUAAUGGAGUUAACAGUGUCAUCAUAAACUGCAAAUGUUUUCAGACAAAAGUUACAGAUGAUCUUAGUAAGAAUGGAAACAUUUUUGACAAGGGUAGAGAGAUUGGUAAAGCUGUUCGACACGCCCCUAUUCUGGAAGUGGUGGAUAAUGAUUUGAAGCAAUAUUUCAUUGACCUUGAUAACCUUCUGUCAGAUACUGGACACUUGAUUUCUGAUAAUAAUGCAAUGUUAGCACGGAAAAGAUUAUCUGAGUUACAGAAUGAUACAUUGCUCAUUGGUAAAGAUGAUGUGCGGAAAGUGCUUGAUGAUGUUGCAAAGGUAGCACAUGAUAACAUUAAGACACAAGGUGAUGAAUUUAAAAAAGAAGCAGAAAAAAGAAAACUGGAGCUUAUAGAAACAACUCAAAAAUCUUUAGAAACAUUGAAAAAUAAAGAAAAAAUUACACUAGCUGAAAUUGAUAAGGUUUUAAAAUCUGCUAUUGAUGAACUUGAGAAGCAAACAAAAGUUUCUCUCAAAAGAAUAAAAAAGGCAACUGAUAAAGGAGUGAAAAAACUGAAAACUGAAACUGAGCAAGGUGUAAGUUUGAUACAUGAAGGUACGUGCAAGAUUUUAAAGGAAUCUGAGGCUGCCGUUGACCAAGUCAAACAAGCAGCUAAUGAAGAGUUGAAAAAAGUUUCAGCAGCAAAUAAAGAGAAAGAAGAAGAAGAAUAUAUAACAGCAAAGAAUUAUUUGCAGUCUGAUCUCAUUGCAUUCUACAGAGAAACUUGCAGUACAAUAAACAUCUGUCCUGGUUUAGAUGAAGUUGAUGCUUCUUUAAAAGAUGUCUAUAUUCCGCCUUAUCCUUUGUAUUCAAAGGAAACAGACACAUUGAAAAAAGUGGCUAAACAAUCUACAGACAAGAAGGAAACACAAGAAGAAGGUACUCCUAAUUAUGUUAAGAUGUUUCAGGAACAGGAGGAAACACCAGAUGGAAAACCUGUGAAUUCGCUACAAGAGAUAUUUUACAAACAAUCAAAAGAGUGCAGUGAUAUAUAUUUGACAGCAGAACCUGGACUUGGUAAAACAUCCUUUGUGAAGUGGCUUUCAUUAAACUGGUGUCAGGCACGCGACCCUGUUAAAGAAGAUGACCACUAUUUUGACGAGGAAGAGGUAAAUGAAUUAGAAAAAUUUGAUUUUGUUUUUGUUAUUUUUCUAAGGGAAAUAAAUGACAAGAAUAUGAGUGUAGAUUCUAUGAUAAGAAAUACUAUAUUCCCUGCUUUAGGUAGACAAAACAGCUAUACAAUUUCUAUGAUGGAGAGAGUGAUGUGUGAAGAAAGAUGUCUGAUUGUUUUAGAUGGUCUUGAUGAAUGGAAUGUAUCUGGUAUACCUAAAAGGUCAAUCCGACCGAGUUGUACAUACAUUACAACCUCAAGGCCAUGGAAAUAUUGCUCAAUUGCCCUCAAUUCAAAACAAAUUGAUCAGCAUGUAUGUAUUGAAAAUGUCCAGAACUUUUGCAAGGAUAAGCUCAUUUUAAGCAUAAUGACCAUGUUUAAGAAAAGACAACAUUUGAGAAAAGAUUUUUCAGACAUCUCCAAAGCCUGUAAAAGAUUUAUUAAAGUACUAAAAGAUAAAAAGGUUUCCCAUUUUUAUGGGACACCAGUCAUUUUAGCACAGUUAUUGUAUUUAUGGAAUAUGGAAAAAAGUAUUGGAAAAUCCCAGUUUGAGAUUUACAGUGAUGUGGUAGAUGCUUUAUUUAGCAGAGCUGAGGAUAAAGUUGAUCUUAGUAAAUUAAAAUACACAAUAUCUUCACAAAUAAGUUACUUCAAAUCAUUACUUUGUGAGAAAUACUAUGAUCUGAUGAUAAGACUGGGAAAAUUGGCAUUUAAUAUGUUAUUUUUUGAUGACAAGUUAUCAUCACUUGUGUUUGAUGAAGAAGUUACUGAAAAAUACCUCACAGUUGAGGACAGCAAUAUUCUAGCUUGUGAAAUAGUAGACACCUGUUUAAAGACAGGUUUGCUGUCAAAACAACCAGUUUAUGUAAAAUCAAGAAGAAAGAAAUAUACUUAUUCAUUUCAACAUAAAACUGUGCAAGAAUACUUCGCUGCAUUGUAUAUUCAGGAAGAGUAUGGCACAAAUCUUAAGAGUAUGAUAGUUAAAAAAUGUAAUAAUGUUGAGACAAUUCUAGAGAUGGAAACUGUUUUCAUGUUCCUGAGCGGAGUCAAUCCAAGAAUAUCAGGUAGGGUAUUUCAGUCAUUACAGGGUACAAUAAAUGAAGAUAAAACAAUACAAGAGUAUAGAUGCAGGUUUUCAUUUCUUGUGGAUUUUAAAAUUAGGGCAAUUCAGAAUAUGAAAGUAAACUGUGCUAUAGAGGGUAGAAACAAUGGAAAUGAAAAAUUUCAUCUAUAUCUAGAAGAUGUCAUCAUUGAUCAGUCAAUUAAAGAUGAUGAAUACUAUGAUGCAUUGAAAUUCCUUGUUCAACAGAAUGCUUUGAACAUGAAAUCUUUGAACAUGAAAUCUGUAAAUCUUUGGCACAAUGAAAGAGCUAAAAAUUUAUGGAGAGAUUUUGAAAUACAAAACAUGUCAAGUCUUUGUAGCUUAAAUGUUGGUUUAAGUCAGUUUGAUAAAUGGACAUACUCUCCUGAUACAUUCUCGUCUGAUAUAGUUAGACAUAUUUCUGAGUUAAAUACAGAACGUCUUCAAACAUUGUAUGUUUCAUCUGAUUUACCUGAAACAGAUGAUUUGUUAGAGAAAUUCCUAUUGUUUGUCAAGAAGCAAAUAAGUUUGAGGCAAAUGUUCUUGAAAUUCAGUACAAAUAAGAAGCCUUCAUUAUUUGGAAUGAAUAGAUAUAAGUAUUUUCCUCCAAAAAGUGUACCAUUAUUGCUGCUACAACUUAAUGAACACUUACUGCAGCUUACACUGGAAAAUGUACCUUUAUCACAGCUACACUUAAAUGAGCACUUACAGCAGCUAACAUUAGAAAAUGUACCUUUAUCACAGCUACAGCUGAAUGAACACUUACAGCAGCUAACACUAAAACAUGUACCUUUAUCAGAGCUACACUUAAAUGAGCACUUACAGCAGCUAACAUUAGAAAAUGUACCUUUAUCACAGCUACAGCUGAAUGUACACUUACAGCACCUUACCCUGGAAAAUGUACCUUUAUCACAGCUACACUUAAAUGAGCACUUACAGCAGCUAACAUUAGAAAAUGUACCUUUAUCACAGCUACAGCUGAAUGAACACUUACAGCAGCUAACACUAAAAAAUGUACCUUUAUCACAGCUACACUUAAAUGAACACUUGCGGCACCUUACCUUGAAAAAUGUACCUUUAUCAAAGCUACACUUAAAUGAACACUUGCGGCACCUUACCCUGAAAAAUGUACCUUUAUCACAGCUACACUUAAAUGAACACUUGCGGCACCUUACUCUGAAAAAUGUACCUUUAUCACUGCUACAGCUGAAUGAACACUUACAGCAGCUAACACUAAAACAUGUACCUUUAUCACAGCUACACUUAAAUGAGCACUUACAGCAGCUAACAUUAGAAAAUGUACCUUUAUCACAGCUACAGCUGAAUGAACACUUACAGCACCUUACCCUGGAAAAUGUACCUUUAUCACAGCUACACUUAAAUGAGCACUUACAGCAGCUAACAUUAGAAAAUGUACCUUUAUCACAGCUACAGCUGAAUGAACACUUACAGCAGCUAACACUAAAACAUGUACCUUUAUCACAGCUACACUUAAAUGAGCACUUACAGCAGCUAACAUUAGAAAAUGAAAACAUAAAGAAGAAAAAAGUUAAUAUACCUGCAUCUCAGGAAAAUGUUGAAAGAAUCAACAUUACAGGUUCUUUGAAUUCUCUUUAUGCAUGUUUUAUGGCAUGGUUACCUGGUACUACAGUCACAGCAGUACUCAAUUGUCUAUCUGAAGAGUCAAAACUGAAGGAACUGUCAUGCGAAAAAAAUCUAGAUUCUGUUGCAUAUGAUACUCUUGAAUCUGAGCUACAGACAUCAGAACAGGAUGGUUCAAUAACAACAGAGUCUUGUAGUUCCUAG